AUGAUAAGUCUGACAGUAAAAUUCAUCUUAAACGAACAUACCGGAAAAGUUAAAGUUAAAUUUAUUGAUCAUACAAUUCGUAGUGAUGUUAGACCAAUCUCAUUUGGAAUUAAUAAAAAAUAA